AUGGGUGCAAAGGCCCCCAGGGCAUAUCUCCCAGUGGCAAAGGGGAGGACGGAUAGGGUUCAGCGUGGCACUUCUUCACUGAAAUCUGGAAAUGUUCUUCAAACCCAUAUUUGUAAAUUGAAUCAGUCCCCUUGGGACGUGAUGAGCUUUUCGCCACCAUCAUCUCCUCCGCCACCACCGCCUCCACCGUCGUUCAGGAGAAUAAUUUUUAUGCGGAUCAGUGGAACUGAUAAUUUCGCGAGAAAUGGGAGCUUGGGAGAACUUAAUGCAGCUUUUCAUAGAAGUGGGUUUAAAAAAAAAAAAAAAAUUCUGCCCAAAAGUCCAGUGCGGGCAUGCAUUGGCUCCGCCCAUGAUUCCAAUGGUGAAGGUGAAGGCGACGGCGGCAAUGUGGGUGGCUCUGCCCAUGAGAACUCAGAGGAAGGGCCUGAGAAUCCCGGGUUAAAGAAGGAAAAGCAUAUUGUAUGUUGUGUCAAGACUGAUGGGAAAGCACGGAAAUGCAAGAUGGAGGCGGCCGAAGGGAACUCUUUGAACAAGCACCACUUAUCUCAAGUGCGAAACUGCAACUCGUCUCUUCCAACGAUGAAGAAACAAGAUAAGGUGGUGGCUGACUCUCCGCUCAAGCCACUGGGCAAGAAGGCAGCUUCAACGUCAAAUUCAAAUUCGAAUGAAUUUUACUACUAUUCAGGUUUUGGACCGCGUUGGGGCAAGAAAAGAGGCGAGAACAAUCGAGCUAGUCGUAGUACUCUAGUAGAGCAAGAAUGUGAAACUUUACCAUCCACAUUCUUUGAAAUUGACAAAGAGAAAUUUGAGAUCGAGUAUGAGGAAGAGAAGGAGGAUGAUGAGAGUAGGAGGAAAAGAGCUCGAAAGCCAAUUAAAUUAAGGUCAAUAAAGUCUCUGAUGUGA